UCAGAGUGUACACAUCACCUGUGCUGCUCUGAACACAGGGUCACACCUACCCCUGUAAAUCAGGUGUAGGUGUGUCUGAGAGGGCGUGGCUUCGCUCUCGUCUCCAAACUGAACUCGACCCGUUUUCAGAGAACCCUCCGCCAUCCUGUGCGUGACAUAAAGUCAAGUUCCUGUUCUCAACCUCCAUCUUGUGGUCAAAGUCAAGCCGCUGUCAUCAUGCCUGAGACUGCAGAGUCCCACUCCGUCACCCUCACCACCAACCGCAACUGCACCAUAGAGAUCACCAAUGUCAGCUCCGUUUUCUGUCUCAUCAACCCCAAGAUUCACAUGGAAAGCGGCUUCCCCUUCAGCCCCCCGCAGCCCACCGUACGGACCACCAAGACCGAGGUCUGCUCCUUCACCAAGGAUGACAACACGGCGACGGGCGCCGUGGGCGUCCUGACCUACGAGCUGUUCGACAUGCGGCAACGCCACUGCAACGAGCUGAUCGCCAUCAUGUUCUCCGUGCCCUUCGACUACAACUUCUACAAGAACUGGCUCGGCGUGGGAAUCUUCGAGAAGACGCGGGCCUGCGACGACAAGCUAUACGACUUAAUGUACAAGGGCAAGGAUUUCACCAACUUCGUGCGCCACGAGGCAGAUGGCUCAGGCGUGGUGUACAAGGGGAGGGCGGUGGACGUGAGGGCGUGCAUGUCGGACGAGGGCCGGGCCAUGAUUAAGCUGGAGGUGUAUGACAGGAUGGGCAGAUGAACGUGUUCAGAGUGCAAUGUUCAAAUGCAUCAAAAUGUUGAAAAUGUCCUCAUCAUUCUUUUGUAUGAGUGCUUUAAAUGAAUAAAAAAUAAAACAAACAAAUCAA